AUGGAGGUUGAAGUGAAUCCCAACGAGGAUACCGAAUGGAACGAUAUCCUUCGGCAACAUGGCAUUAUUCCAGAGAAGCCUAAGGAUCCCGAACCAAUGAUCCAAGAGGCCUUGAUUGCUGCACACCAGAGGGCGCACGACAAUCGGCUGGAGGACAAGGACUUGGAUGAAUUAGAUGCUCUAGAGGACGAGGAGGAUGAAGAUUUUAUACAGCAAUACCGACAGAAACGUCUUGCAGAGCUCUCGACCCUUCAGCAAACUAGUCUCUUUAACCAGGUCUACCCACUCCAGAAAGUCGACUACGCCCGUGAGGUGACAGAAGCCUCAAAGGAGGCUUUUGUUUUCGUCAACCUCACCUCACAGGGCGCCAAUGUCGAGUCUCGUCUAUUGACUGAGCUCUGGCGGCAACUGGCAACAAAGUUCGGCGACAUUAAAUUCUGCGAAAUCCGUGCUGAUAUGUGCAUUGAGGGUUACCCCGAGCGCAACACCCCAACUAUUUUGGUAUACAAGGAUACCGAGAUCAAGAGGCAGCUUGUUACUCUGCGAGAGUUGAAGGGCGUACGUACCAAGUUGGACGACCUGGAACGUCUGCUCAUUGACCUUGGAGCCGUAAAAGAGAGUGAUGUCCGUCUCAAGAAACGGUCUGAUUCGGACGAUGAAGGUGCCAAUGACAACCACAAUGGGGAAGAUGAUGAUGACGACUGGGAUUGA